AUGCCUGGUUUAUAUUCAUUCUCUCCGGAGACGAAGGAGCGACUGCGCAAGUUUCGCUUGAGCUCAUCCAGAGCCAAGGAGCCGCAAGCUCAGAUUUACGAGAUUGACAAGAAUACGGGAGAGAUUCGCCCCAAGAAUGACGAGACAUACACCAACAUGAUGGAUGUAGCCGAUGACUUGCCCGAGACUACUCCACAGUUCAUUGUUCUCAGCCAUCCAUUGACCUUGAAAGAUGGUCGCCUUUCCGUUCCCUACGUCCUCCUCUACUAUAAGCCCGAAAACUGCAAGACCGACACCAUGUAUCAGUAUGCCAACGCGGUCGAGUUGAUGCGCACCACGGCCGGAGUGAACCGUCUGAUUCCCGUUGAAAGUGAAGAUGACGUGAUCUCAAUUGAGUCGAAGCUGGCUGGCGACGAGUAA